AUGACCAAAUCACCCAUAUUAAAAAUGUCAACAUACGAUGCAGCCGCAACCGAAACUUGGAUCAAGUGUGGUGAAUGUGCAACCACCUUGGGUUUAAUUGUUCCAGCAAUCAAAUCGUUUGAAAGUGCCGUCAAUAGAGAUCCUUCAAACCCUACCGCAUUGAUUGGAUUAAGUUCUGCAUUGAGAUUAAAUGAUAUUAGUUUAAAUGAAACCAUUGGUUCUCAAUCAGCCAUUGAAAAAUUAAACAAAUCACUUGAAUCUUUUCCAAAUUUAUUGAAACAAGCAAAUAUUUUUAAAGAAUUGUGCGAAUGUUAUUUAUUAGUUGGAUUAAAUGAUCAAGCUUACCAAGCUAUUCAAUCAGGUGUCAAUUUGGCUCCUCAAGAUCCUUCCUUAUGGUUAUUAAUGGCACAAACUUUAAUCAGAGCAGGUGCCAGAAGCCAUGCCACCGGUACUUUGGCUCACUGUUUAUCCCUUUUGCCGGAUGGUAAAUUUUCUCCUAGUGAUAUAGAAACCGCAAGAGCAGCUCAUGCUGAAUUGGCUGCUAUUUCAGCUGCCGAUGGUAACAUUGAACUUUCAAUUAAAGAAUUGAGAGCAUCUUUGGAAUUACCUCCACCACCUUUAUCAAGAAUGGAUGAAUACGUUGCUUUAAUAUGUGCUUUAGCCACUGCAUUAGAAAGAGAAAAUGAUAUACCGGGAGCCACCAAGGUUUGUGAAGAUGGAGAAAUGGUUGUUGGAAAUUCUCCAAGAUUAUUAAUGGCUCAUGCGUAUCUUUUAUUGUACUCCAAAAAUGGAGCAGAACAAGCUAUUAACUUGUUGACUAAAGUUGUCAAUUUAGAAAAUGAAAGUGCUACUCAAGAAGGAUCUGAUUUCUUGCCAUGGUAUUUGUUAGGAAAAGCCUAUUCAUACUUGGAUCCUCGUGCUGCUUAUGAUUGUUAUCAAGUAGCAUUGAGAUGCGCGUCAAAUUGUUCUAUCAUUUGGUUAGCAGUUGGUAAACUAUACUUGGAAUUGAAGCAAUUGAAGGAUGCAUUGGAAGCUUAUUCACAAGCUUUGAAAUUACAAAUUGGAGAUGGAUCUCAUGGAACUGCCACAGCAUGGGAUGGAUUAAGUUGUGUUUAUGAAAGAUGUGAAGACCAAUUAAUGGAUGCAUCUGAUGCAUGUAAUAGAGCAGCAGCUUGUUUUAAAGCCAUUGGAGAUGUUAAGAACAGUCAGUUUUUUGAAGAAAGAGCUAAUGCAUUGAUCAAGGCAUCCAAGAAAGAAGGUCCAAUGUUAGAUUUACGUGAACCUCCGGAUGUACCAACUUUUUUAAUUACAGAAUUAGUUGCUUUAGCACCAAACGAAAGAAUUUCAUAUACUCAACAACAAUUACAAGCUCAACAACAAGCUCAGGAACAAGCUCAAGAACAAGCACAACUACAAGCCCAACAACAAGCACAACUACAAGCUCAACAACAAGCACAGGCCCAAGCUCAAGCCCAAGCCCAAGCACAAGCACAAGCCCAAGCACAAGCCCAAGCCCAAGCCCAAGCACAGGCCCAGGCCCAAGCACAAGCACAAGCCCAAGCCCAAGCACAAGCACAGGCACAGGCACAGGCACAGGCACAGGCACAGGCACAGGCACAGGCACAGGCACAGGCACAAGCCCAAGCCCAAGCUCAGCAACAACAACAACAACAGGCCCAACAGCAGCAACAACAACAACAUCAUCAUCACCCAUCACAAGAUACAUCGCGAAACAGCCCGCAAGUGCCAAUACAUACACCACAACAACAAGCUAUACAAUACCAAGGUCCACCACCUCCACAAGGACAACCACCACAGCAGCAACAACUGUACCUUUAUCCAAUGCAAAAGAAUUCUCCACGUCCACCUCAAUUGGCUACUCCACAAAUACAACAUGCUUGGUCACCACAACCUCAACAACAGGGUCCACCACCUCCACCGCCACAAGGACAACCACCACAACAACAGCAGCAGCAACAACAGCAACAACCACAGGGUCCCUCACCUCAGCAACAAGGACCUCCUCCACCACAGGGCCAACCACAACCACCACAACAAUAUUUCUACCCACCUCCACCUCCUCAAGGACAACCUUCACAAGGUCAACCAAAUGGAGGCCCACACCGUUCACCAAUGAAUCCAACACAAAUCAUCCCUGCUGGUGCAACUCCUUAUCAAAUGGGCCCUGGUGGUCCCAACUCUGUUCCACCUGGUUAUUAUGGGUACGUUCCUAUUCCAGGUGGUGUUCAUAAUCUGCAAUAUACAUCACCAACAUGGAGAAGAUAG